CACAUCUGCCAGGAAAAGCAGGACGUUCCCCACUCCCACAUCUGGGAUGGAUCCUGUUUGCCUGGGAGUGAGAGGUUGAAAUCUGUGGGUUCCCUGACAUGGCAUGAAGUCUUUCUUUAUAUGUUCCUCUCUGCCUGGAACUUCAUAUCUGUGUCUGCAAGGUGAGAAGGAGUGUUGGCGGUGAAUAUCAGCAGUGCAAUGCAUCCCUGUACUCCAUUUCUGCUCAUUAUAUGGGUAUUGAUCACCAUCCAUGAGGUUUACAGCCAGGAUGAAGAGUAUGAAUACUAUUUAGAGGUACCAGUUGAAGAGGAGAACAAUGAUGUUUUUAAAAGUCUCGUGGAUGAGAUGAAGCCGACCUUCCAAACAGUGCUAUGUCCUACAGACUGCAAGUGCUCUCAGGAAGGGGCCGUGGUGAACUGUGCUGGAGUGGAUCUGAGAGAGUUCCCUUCUAACCUUCCAAAUAUUAUUAUACACAUUUCUCUACAGAAUAAUCAGAUCGAAGAGAUUCCCCCAGAAGAUCUCACCAGACUUUACAAGCUGGAGACCCUCAAUCUACAGAACAACCGACUGACAUCUCGAGGGAUUCCUGAUGACCUGUUUGAGCGCCUUGAGAAUCUAAAUUAUUUAUACCUUGCAAACAAUAAGUUGUCUCUGGCUCCCAGGUUCCUCCCAAGUUCACUGAUCAGUGCAGAUUUUGCAGCCAAUAACAUCACUAAGAUUUAUGAGAUGACAUUUGGGCAUAAGCCAAAUUUACGGUCUGUUUAUCUGCAUGACAAUAAGCUGACAGAUGCUGGGAUACCAGAUAACAUGUUUAACCGAUCAAACCGUGUUGAGACUCUGAUACUGUCCAGCAAUUUCCUGAAGUACGUUCCAAAGAACUUGCCCCCUGCACUAUGCAAACUGCACCUGCAGAACAACAGAUUGGAAAGUAUUCCCUCGGGAUCGUUCAGCCACCUAACAGACCUACGUGAGUUAUAUCUGCUCAACAAUUGCCUCACCAACGAAGGAAUGGACAAUGAAACAUUCACGAAACUAAAUAAGCUUGAAUACCUUGAUCUCUCAAGCAAUAACCUUACAAAAAUACCGAGUGGACUUCCACGAAAUAUUGUUAUCCUUCAUUUCGAAAAAAAUUCCAUCAGGUUUAUCUCUGAUAAUGUUCUUACCCAGAUUAGAAACCUGGAAUAUCUUUUGCUUCACAACAACAAGUUGAGGGCGCAUGGCAUUCAUCCUGGAGCCUUUGUGGGCCUUAAGAAGUUGCAUACAGUGCAUAUGUACAACAACCUUCUGGAGAAGGUCCCACCAGGUCUCCCACGCAGAGUGAAGACAUUGAUGCUCCUCCAUAACCAGAUCUCCAGCAUUUCCAAGAAUGACUUUGCUACUACAUAUUUGCUUGAGGAUCUAAAUCUCAGCUACAACAAAAUAAUGAGCGGCAAUGUUCAUAAGGAAGCCUUCCGUAAGCUAAAACACCUCAAGACCCUGGAAAUGUCAGGAAACAACUUGAAGUCAGUUCCCUAUGGACUUCCGACAAACCUGGAGAUUUUGAGGUUAAAGGACAAUGACAUCAGCUCCAUCCCUCAAGACAGUCUUACUGAGAUGACAAAACUAAAAGAAUUAUACCUGAGCAACAAUAAAUUAAAGAUAAGUUCUAUUUAUUCUGGAGCUUGGGCAGAGUUGAGCAGUCUUCAGCUUCUUGAUCUGUCCGGAAACCAGUUAUCUUACAUCCCAUCUGACUUGCCCGAGACCCUAGAGUAUCUGUACCUCCAGAGUAACAAGAUCAUCACAGUGGCUGAAAAUGCCUUUGAAUCCACUUCAAACAUAAAGGGGAUCUUUCUCAGGUUUAAUUUGCUCACAGCUGGGUCGGUACAGGAAGGAGCUUUUGAAGGACUGGACAAGCUGCAAGUACUAGACAUUGAGAGCAACCUGAUCAAAGUCUCUAGGAAAACGGAAAAGUACACAAAACAAAAUGAAGAGGAGGAGGAGGAACUCGAAUAGAAACUACAGAUAACUAGGUUUUCUUCAUUGUAGAAGAAUAUGUAGGAUACACAGACAGUUUACAACUCAUUCUCUGCCAGGAGGACUAGCUCCAUAAUCAUAAUGUUCGUGCGUUUUUUUCAACUAACCUUCACACUUCGAUAAAUGUUGGAUCUACAACCAACAGCUGUCCAGCUCAGCUGAACUACGACCUCAGCAUUGUUUAUAUCAAAUCACUAUUGGAAAUGUGAGUUUAACUCAGAAACAGCCAGAGAACCAAUACUUGAACUGUACUCUGUGGUCAUCUCUAUAAUUAAAUUGUUAACAAGCUCUGACCGUAUUAUGGAUAGAACAGGCCUAUAUUGGUCUACAUGGACUACACAAAAGCUGGCUUUUGUCUUGUAUUUUAUAAUCUAUUUUAUAUGACAGUGUUAAGCCUUUAGUUAAACAAAUUCUUACCCUCAUAUUUCCAACCUUGUAAGCUGCUACUUUCUAUAAUACUAUGUUGUCUUCAAAACUAUCAAAAAGUAAAUGACUUUGACAGUUUGUCAUAUUUUACUGUUGAUAUUGGCUAACAAAGUCAGCCAUCUGUGAAGAUAUCCCAGUAGAUUUUGUGUCAUGUCUCUGUAAUUUAUUUUCUUUACUUUUAAUCUUUGAAAACAUAUUAUAUUGGUAUAGCAAUUUAAUUAACUUCUGUGCAGUAAGGUUUUAUGCAUAGCCAAAAUGAAUGCAAUAUUUUGUUUGUAUCGGUUUCCUUGGU